UCCACUCUCUACCCUCAGUAAAAAAAUAAAAUCUCUCUUUCCCCAUCUUUCCCCGCAGGCCCCGUGCUCCUUCCCCAGAGAGAGAGAGAGAGAGCGAAACCCUAGCUCGCGGCUCGCCGGAUGGACCCUCAGCAGCCGGAACCGGUCAGCUACCUCUGCGGAGAUUGUGGAGCCGAGAACACGCUGAAGCCGGGCGAUGUGAUCCAGUGCCGCGAGUGCGGCUACCGCAUCCUCUACAAGAAGCGGACCCGCCGAAUUGUCCAAUAUGAAGCGCGCUGAAGAAAAGGGGGCAACAUCCUGUGCUGUUGGCGGUGCCUCAAGCAGUGUAACAGGCCGCCUGGGAGAAGGAAUGACUAGUGGUGAUUCGUAUGGUAAGUCGUGUGUACUAGGUUGUAACCGUGCACUGGACUGCACCUGGAAGCGUUGAAACACUCUGAAAUAUGGAUGGAUGUCAGACACUUCACAAGUAUUGAAAUAGCUUAUGAUUUGCUGGGAACCUAAAUACCCAAUAAGAUGGGGGGUCGUUUGCGUCUUGCU